AUGAUUGAAAGUGGUGUCAUUAAGCUCGGAGACAAGCUGAGUGAAAGCAAAUGUGCACUUGUGUAUGGUCAAAUGAACGAGCCUCCUGGUGCUCGUGCCCGUGUCGCUCUAACCGGGCUAACGGUGGCUGAGCAUUUCCGAGACAAUGAAGGACAAGAUGUGCUUCUUUUUGUCGACAAUAUCUUCCGUUUCACUCAGGCAAAUUCAGAGGUGUCUGCAUUGUUGGGACGAAUUCCAUCUGCUGUCGGUUAUCAACCGACCCUUGCCUCGGAUCUUGGAGGCCUUCAAGAGAGAAUCACCACAACCACAAAAGGAUCAAUUACUUCCGUCCAGGCAGUUUAUGUGCCUGCUGACGAUUUGUCUGACCCGGCCCCUGCCACCACAUUUGCCCAUUUAGAUGCCACCACUGUCCUAAGUAGACAGAUUGCAGAGCUUGGGAUUUACCCGGCAGUUGAUCCUCUAGAUUCAACAUCUCGAAUGCUUUCACCCCAUAUCUUGGGAGAUGAACACUAUGGAACAGCUCUAGGAGUGAAGAAGGUUCUUCAAGAUUACAAGAGUCUUCAAGAUAUCAUUGCCAUUUUAGGAAUGGAUGAGCUAAGUGAAGACGAUAAGUUGACUGUGGCUCGUGCAAGAAAGAUCCAAAGGUUCUUGAGCCAACCCUUCCAAGUGGCUGAGAUCUUCACCGGUGCGCCGGGAAAGUAUGUGGAGCUUAAGGAAACAACCGCAAGCUUCAAAGAUGUGUUAGGCGGGAAAUAUGACGACUUGCCAGAGCAAGCAUUUUACAUGGUGGGUGGGAUUGAAGAAGUUAUUGCUAAGGGUGAAAAGCUCGCAAAAGUGAGUGCCACAUGA